AUGCCAUGCACCACCGCCGAAGAACAUUCGAAUCUAGACACAUCUCGUCCUCAGAAGCGAUACCUCAUCGACAUCCUCUCUUGUUUUCUUAGCUACUUAUUUCGAGUAGCCAUCCCUGUGCUCUCGCUCAUCAUCAUCACUCUCUACCUUCUCAGCCAUCUAGUAAUCGGGGCUCCGAGCCAAGGUACCAAUGCCGCACCUCACUACCCCCUCCCUCCCAACGAGGAUUCCGCGUACUGUCCUCAGACGGGGCCUAUCUUUCCACUUCAUCACGCAGGCAUUGAUAAUCAGCUGGAAACACUGUAUGCUCGGAGUCAAUUCCAGCUUAGGGUCUUCGACAUUCUGAAGGGCAUCAUCCAAGUGCCGACAGAAUCAUACGACGACCUUCUUCCCGUCGGUCAAGACCCGCGAUGGGAGGUUUUCGAUUAUUUACAUACGCGCCUCAGGACUUCUUUUCCCCUCGUAUAUGAAAAGUUGGCCGUCACCACGGUAAACACUUACGCCCUCGUUUAUCAUUGGCAAGGCUCGGAACCUUCGCUUAAGCCCAUUCUAUUAACGGCUCAUCAAGACGUCGUUCCCGUUGAUCCAUCGACAGUGGAUCAGUGGGAGAAACCGCCUUACUCCGGAUAUUACGACGGAACAUGGGUAUGGGGUCGUGGUUCGGUCGACGACAAGGCGGAUCUCGUCACCCAAUUAAUCACGAUAGAUUCCCUCCUCAAGCUCAAAUUCGUACCUACAAGGACCGUUAUCCUUGCUUUUGGGAUAGACGAAGAAGCGUCUGGGCUAGAAGGCGCCGGACACCUCGCCGUAUAUCUUGAGCGGAAGUACGGGAAAGAUAGCUUUGCCAUGCUGGUUGAUGAAGGGGGCGGCUACAUAAACCAACCCGGCGACAACCCGAUCCUUGCAUUCCCCGAAAUCUCCGAAAAAGGUUACCUUGAUGCCCGCAUUGAGGUCAAGGUACCUGGAGGACAUUCCAGUGUCCCUCCCUUACAUACUGGUAUAGGCAUCCUUUCUUCCAUCAUAACCCUCAUUGAGGCCAACCCCCACGCCCCCAGUCUUCCUCGCACAUCAACUCCAUUCCGUAGCGCCCUGUGCACCGCCACGUACGGCCAUGCGUUCUCAGAUCACUUGAGACACGUUGCGUUUCAGGCUGUGAAAAGCGAUAGCGCACUAGAGAAGCUGCGCAACGAUCUCCUAGCUCUAGAUCCCGUAAUCAAGGCUACGUUAAGUACCACACAGGCCGUCGAUUUGGUAUGGGGGGGUGUCAAAGUCAACGCGUUGCCCGAGGGUGCGACCGCCGUCGUGAACCAUCGGAUCGCAGAAGACAGCUCCGUCGGGGCACUGCAAAAGCACCUCACCGAUCUCAUCACCCCUCUUGCACAUUCUUUCAAUUUAUCCGUCAGGGCGUUCGGCAGCCCUCCCUCCCUCGUGGCCAAACACGCUGUUGGCGAAGUUGUACUCUCUAACGCCUGGGGUAGGGCGUUGGAGCCCUCUCCGAUAAGUCCGACAGGCGAGAGUGGCCCGUGGAGGCUGUUGAGCGGCACGAUCAAGGCCACGGCAGAGAGUCGCGUCCAAGGUUUAGGUGCAGCUGUCAUACCCAAUCUGGCAACUGGAAAUACCGAUACGCGGUUUUACUGGAAUCUGACACGACACAUCUUCCGGUACUCUCACAGGAGCGCGGACGGCGUCUACGAUGGAAUUCAUACUAUCAAUGAAGCUGUGCGUGGCGCCGACGUCAUUGACGAGAUUCGGUUUUUUACGAAGUUGAUUCUAAACGCCGACGAGUCGCUUUUGUUGGACUAAUUGAGAUAUUCACUCCGGCCACUUUAUCGACCGAACUUAGACUAGUCUGUUCGAUAGCAUGUGGCACUAUGACAUGGUCUGUGCGCGGCGUCCUUC